AUGCAGGCAAUUGAGCAGGCAGGCUCCAUAUUCACUGGCUGGAUAUCUUCCUGCUUGUUCUGCCUGAGCGGGAGGGGCGACGAUGAGAGCUUUCAUCAUCAACAGGCUAUGAAGCAGAAAGGUGUUGAACGAGAAAUGAGAGUAUGCCAUACUCAACCUCAUCUCGUUCCUCCGAUGAACCUCACCGACUACGAUGAUUUGCCCAGUCCAAGCUCUCAGCCUCGGGUAUCAUCGCUACAGUCAUGGGUGGUUGAGGGCAGGACCCGGGCAUCGCGAGCAUCAAAUCGAGCUAGCAUGUCGCUCAAAAGGAAGUCGACUGCUCCCGUGAGGAUCAGUGGUCCUUCAGAGUUUAGAAGAGUCUCCAUGUUCCUGACUGAACUGGAUGAGUAUCGUCCGCUGGAGUUGAGCUUCAAUACCCCAGGCAACAGACUCCCGGACCUCCCCAGAUUUGAAGACUUCCCUCUCGACCACGACCGGAAGCAGGUCAUUUCACGACCCCCGCGGGCUCUCUCUUCCACCGAGAUGGGCCGGAUAUCGCAACCGCGGACUCAUCGACCCUCUUCUUCGUUUCAGCUUGCGCGAAAGCCGGUCGGGUCAGGAUCUCGUCGAUCCUCGUUGCCAACCCAAGAACAGCUCCAGUUGUUAGAGAAGAAUACCCCCAUCACCAGUCCCUUAAUCCCUCAUUUUUCACAACGUAGCUCUGCGGUUACUGGCUUGACCGCAAAUGCGGUUCCUUCUACCACUCCCAGGCUGGAUUUAAGUGGUGGCAGCACGUCCCUGGCUAGGAACGAGCUACACCGGGACACCCACGAGGCCCCUACAUCCACGGUCCCAAGGACUCCCACCAAACCCAGCCUGCAGGACAGGCCCUUACCUUCUAUCCCGACUGAGGAAGAUUCCCCUUCUUCAGGCAGUACGUAUCACCCACCUACUACUCCCUCCGAAAGCCGACCCCCAACCACACCAUCGGAGAAUCCCAAUCAAACCCCAACCCGCUCGGGACGUGUUACCCAGUGGCUCUUUCAGACACCCAACAAGCCGAACUUUCUUUUUUCCAACCCGAGCAAAAUCAGCGACAAGGGGCCAUUUCGCAUACGCUCGCGGACGCUGAGCGGCUCUACGCUCGCAUCAACUACCACCAACAUUACCGGAGGGCACAAGACUACCCCGUCUCUCGCCAGCGGCACGACAGUAGCCCCAACGAUGCAAGCAUCGAGCACAGAAUCACGGAACUUUGACCUCCCUCUUGGCAGCCCAUUCUCACCCAAACAGACCUUUCCAACCGUGACAGAAGAGCACACCUAUCCCACAAUUCAUGAGGGUGAACAGCAACAGCAUCAGGAGCCCGAAGUAUUUGAUGAUAUGCUUACCCAGUACUACGAGUAUCGUCAUUCCGCUGUCGGUCUAGCAUUUUGA